AACCCUAGCUACCUAUCUCACUUCAUAUAAAAGCUGUAACUCGAGAUCGUAUUCAAUGCUAACUUGAUAGUGUGUCGAGACGAUCGUGUAGUGGAAUAAAGUUUAAAAAAAGAACAAUGAAUUUAUUGAAUAUAUUUUUACUGGCGUGUUCAAUGGCCGUGAGUGGCGCUCAGCGUAUCGGAGUAGCGAGUGACAUCGCUGACGGCCAGCGACGCGGCGGCGGUUACGGGCUGCUUAGGCCGGGCUACAAUGGCUACCAACCCGGUUAUAGCGGUUACCAGGGCAACAUAGGUUAUCCAGGGUCAAAUAGUGGAUUUGGAGGUUAUGGCAAUGCUGGUUAUGGUAGCGGCGGUUUCGGCGGCGGUUAUGGCAGUAGUUAUGGCAGUGGUUACGGUGGUUACCCGUAUGGCAACUCUGGUUAUGGGGGCCAGAAUUAUCCAGGACUUGGAGGUGGUUAUCGGCCAAACUACAGGCCUGGCUUUGACCGCCCCGGUUACUACCCUGGUGGCAACUUCGGAAUCGGCAAUAUUGGGGUUGGAAACCCUGGUUACAACCGACCCGGAUAUCCAUACAGACCCGGAUACGACCGGCCGUACCCGGGUAACCCUGGCAAUUUCUUCGGAGGUUACAGUGACGGUUAUAAUGAUUCAUUUAGACGUUUGGAAAGGAAGACCAGUGAAAUAAAAACUGGGGAGACGAAGAAGGAAAAGUAAUAACAUCCGUUUGAUCAAAGAUCUGAAUUAUGUACCUGCAAUUUAAUUAUUUAAUAUUAAUGGUAAUAAAUUAUUAAUAAGA